GGUACAGAAAAUCAAAUCCAAAUCUACUUUGCCGUUACUACUACAACGUUACUUACUUUUAUUUACGGGGGUAGUGUUAUAUCUAAAUGCACAGUGUAUAUAAAACUUAGUAAAGUUAAUUAUUUUUAAAUUCAAAAAAACAUAAUGACUUUAAAAAUUCGUGAUGUGACUGCUAAUGUCUAAUCUAGACAUUUUGUUUAAAAAAAGAAAAAAAAAACAUCAAAAUGUUUUUAUCUUCCCUCAUUGAAGAAAUUCUAGUGCAACUCAAAUUUUUGGCUUCAAAAGCUGUAUUAAAUUAUGUAGGGUGUCAUUUAGCAAAAGUAGUAAUUGUAAAUUUAAAAAAUAUUAACUUUAUAUAUUAACUUGAAACGUGUAUCUCUAUGGGUUAUAUACCCUCUAAAAUGUAAUUUCUACAACUACCUACAUAUUAUAAUAAUUUGAAUUCAAAUUAUCGAUGAAAUAUCAGUUAAACUAAGAGAAAAUGGAUUUCAACACAACAACAAACAUUGAGUACACGUGGCCUUUUCCAAAGCCUAUUGUAGGAAAACCAUGUGAGCCGCCAAGCCCAGACGCUAGGCCCACAGUUCGCCCGGCGCCAGUAGCGCCGUACUGCCAUUGCGACGCUCACUCGUACGAGCCGCGUAUAGAGCAGUACAAGCAGUUGUUGGACAAGGAACAGAAGCUGUGCCACGACUAUGAACUGCUGAGACGGCAGAUGGUCGACGUAACAAAUGACAUUUUGGAUCAUCCCUGCGAUGAUCUUGAUAGCAAAAUGUUGACAAUUUACCAGGAGACAUACAAAAAACGAUCAUUCCCUACAUCGGACUACCGAGCAAUAGUGGCAGCGUCACAGUCGAGCGCUCCUAUACCCCGGGAGAGUCAGCGUCUCGGAAUGCUGCGCUGCUACAAAGACCCCACCCACUUCACGGAUAAACCCCCCACUGUUCGUCCCACCAUCAACCCCCCUGGGCCAGUCCAUACCGGUGUUUCUCCUCAGGCUAUACAAACAUGGUUUACGGAGUUUCCUGGAAGAACAGAAUACAUGGACACUUACAGUGCUUCGGCUAAAGCUUGCUGGAGAUCGAUGCAGAGAUUCAAAGAACCGAUGCCAUCUACACGGAGAAGGGCAGAUGAUAACUGUGUAUAAUCCAGAAUGUUUUGUUAAUUUGGUUUUAUUUUGGAAACAAAAAUAAAUUAAG